AUGUUUAUUCAUUUACUAGCAGGAGCCGCAGCGGCGGCAGCCGUGCCAACAGCUGGCCGUGAUAGCUCGCCUGUGGUCGACGUAGGCAAGGACGUGCCUGGAAGUGCCGGUGCUGCCGUCCUCCACCCAUUUGUGUCCUUCUCCAUCGAGUUCUCGUCUUUUCCAGACUUUGCCGGAAACCUGUCCCACCCGAAUAAAUUCUCGGACCAGCUGCUAGACAACCUUCGCGAUCUCCAAGGCGUCAAGCCUCACAUCCGCGUGGGCGGAAACACUCAGGACCUGGCCUUAUAUGACCCGGAUCUGAAAAUAUCCAUCAAUGGCACAUUUGUGCCCUCUGUUUCGACCGACUACCCGUCCAUCAUAUAUAUCGGUGAUUCUUACUUCGAGUCAUAUGCUACCUGGCCAGGAACCAAAUUCAGCCAUGGCUUCAACCUAGGCAAAAAUGGUACGACCGGGAUGAAGACGCUUGUGGGCACUGUUCCCCUCGCGUGCAAGGCUCUUCAAGAUGGAAACCUUGCGUACUGGGAACUGGGAAAUGAGCCCGAUCUAUUCCCCAUGUACCCUGUGCGCCCGGCCGGUUGGGAUGAACAGGCUUAUGUGGAUGAGUGGCUUGCCAAGACGAAGGUUAUCGAGCGACAGCUCAAGAAGAGUUGUCCGGAGCUGGUUACGAAGGGAAAGUACAAGUAUAUUGCACCGUCGUUUGCAGGACUCACCAAUAGCCUGGAUCCCGUCAAGGCGUGGCAGGCUGGACUUGAUGAUGAUCAUGAUAUUGGAAUGAACUCCAUGCACAACUACAUCGGCGGCGCAGAUGAGCCAGGCGUGACACUGGCCAGGACCCUGAUGAACCAUACCUCGACCGUCCACAGUGUCAACCAGCACGUUUAUCUCUCCGGCGUCCUCAACGAACAAGGCCUGACAAAGGACAUCCCUUACAUCCUCGGCGAAACCAACUCCCUCUACCACCAAGGAAAACCAGGCCUCUCCAACUCCUUUGGUGCCGCCCUCUGGGGCGUCGACUUCAACCUCUACUGCGCGUCCCAGAGCAUCCGCCGAACACACAUGCACCAAGGCACUGACUACCGCUACGACUCCUGGCAGCCCGUCCAAACCACCAAAACGACCAUCGGCACCAAGGCCCCAUACUAUGGCAACAUCAUGGUAGCGGCAAUGCUGCGUGGAGCAACCGGUGGAGACUCACAAUCCGACGUCCAGGUGACCCAUCUGUCGAUGCCCCACGAAACCGAGUCCGCCUACGCGGCCUAUGUAAAUGGCAACCUGGCUCGCAUCGCCGUGAUUAAUAUGCAGGAGUUCAACUACACUACGGAUGCGUCUCGCCCCGCCGCAAAGUACACCUUCCGUCUGCCCGAUAUCUUGGCCAAGUCCCUAUCGGUGCAGCGGCUGUUGGCGAAUGGGAGUGAUGCUAUUACCGGCAUCUCGUGGGAUGGGUGGUCGUACAACUACGAGUUGGAGAUGGGGAAGCCGGUUAGAUUGAGUAAUGUGACGGUCGGGGAGAUGGUGGCCGUUAGUGAGGGACAGGUGGAAUUGAGUAUUCCCUAUUCGAGCGCUGCUAUCUUGAAUGUCGACGCCUAG